AUGGCUUCACAUCGUCGGCUGCUCCAGCCUCUUGGCCGCUGGCCCCUUGUAGCAACGACCUUCCUGGUCGGUCUCUUUCUGUAUUUACAGAGUCACAGACUGGCUCAGACUGCGCGAGUACCACUUGAGAAGAUAUCCCCCUCGGUAGCUGAUACCGUGAGGCCCGGUGCCAAGGGCAUACUGUCUGAGACCACUAUUGCUGCAUACAUGCGGGCGAUUGUGGAUUCUAACAGCGAGCACCUGCCCAAAGUCGACUGCCAUAACCCGGACUUGUCUCGUUACAAGGACCUGAAGCCCUCCUUCUUUACCUCCCGAUCUCAGACCCCUUACUUUUUUGUUUUGAACCUCCGGGAGAGCCUGCAUAUCCUGCCCACCCUCCUCAGCAGCGUGGUAGCAGCAAUCAACUUCUUGGGCCCCGAACAUUGUGCCUUAUCCAUCGUAGAAGGCAACUCCCCAGAUGGCACCGCCGACGUCCUGGCCGCCCUCGAGGCCCACCUGAAAUCCCUCAAGGUCCGGACCCAUUUCGUGCUCUCGGUCGACGACAUCGACCCCAGCACCGACGCCCGCUUCGCCAGACUCGCCACGUUGCGCAACAUGGCCUUGCGACCCCUUGUCGACGAACCAGAGCGCUACCGUGACGCUACGGUCCUUUUCAUCAACGACGUCGCCGCCUGCCCGGACGACCUGCUCGAGCUCGUCUACCAGCGCAAAGUCUUGUCCGCCGACAUGACCUGUGCUAUGGACUGGAUCUUCGGGGCCGGCGAUGAGACCUUGUUUUACGACUCGUAUAUUGCGCGCGGCAUCAACGGCGAUUUGUUUUUUGAGAUCCCACCCGGCACCGGCAGUUUCGCCAAGGCCACGAACCUGUUCUGGAACGAUCCUCAAUCCAAGGCGCGCUUCGAGGCCAAACGGCCGCUACAGGUGUUUGCUUGCUGGAACGGCGCGGUCGCCUUUCCUGCUUGGCCGAUUGCAACCCGGGAGGUGGAGUUUCGGGCGGCGCGGGCAGAAUUGGGCGAGUGCCAUAAUGGGGAGCCGGAGAUCUUUUGCAAGGACUUGUGGGCGCAUGGCUAUGGGAGGAUUGCCGUGGUGCCGUAUAUCAACCUGGAGUAUUCAACGGAGAAGGGUCAGCGGAUCAAAGAUGAGAGGGGAUAUACCUCCGUCACGGCGGCGUUGAAGCCUCACUCGGCAGAGGAUAUUUGA